AUGGAAUGGGAGAAUCUAGCUUUUGAAGCCACGCCAGACGGUGGAUCCGAAGACAUGGAGAUCAAGAUCCCGCUUACACCCGCGGUGGAGCGACACAAGUACGAAGCUCCACGCGCAAUGCUCCAAAGGCCGAAGACGACGUUGAUCCAGUGUCGUAAGGUCAAGGCGAGUCAGGGUCAAGAUAUUCCUGACCACCUACCUUUGGACAAAUCGCCGUCGGAUAAGUCGCCAUCAGACAAAUCGCCGUCGGAGAUUCAACUGUUGGAUCUAGCGUCUGUCGCAAGUGAGGAGUCGGAUCUGUCGUCUAUCGCAGACGAAGACUCUAUGCCGCAUGCCGUAACGGUCAAGGAGGCGCUAGAAGAUCUCGAUCAAGUAACGUCAGACGUGUGGGCGACUAAUCCGUCAUUGGAGGAAACCACAGGCGUAGUGGAAACGCGAGAAGAGGAGGGACGAGACGGAAUUGAGGUUGUCAGUCAGGAUCAACUACAUUCGAGAGGUCAAGAUCAAGGAAUAUCACCGUCGGAAAGCGGCGGAUUGGAUCUGCUAUCAAUGAUGAGUGUACAAUCUGGGACGGGACAUGUGGCCGGUGAUCCUUUUAACGACAAAUGCGCCGCAUCUAUGACGCAGAAAACGGGCAUGGAUCCACCACCUGUUGUUGAAGAUCAACCAGGCACAUCGGAUCUGGACCUCACCUGGGGCUCAGAUCAAGCUUAUGAUGAAUGUGUAUACUACCAUGAAGGAAGUGAUCUAUACGCGGAAGAUGUAGAUGGUCAGAUGGCGGUACUGCCAGGAGUGCCUAUGACGACAGAAGAUGUGAAAAUCGAGGAGAUUCAUCUAUGUAAAUCUGAUAAUCAGACCUCAGAAGAAAUUGAUCGACUUCGCCAAAGAAUCUGGCAGUUCCGACAUCUCUUGAGCGGCAAGGGAAAUGUCCUUCCGCCGGUGGCUAGAGAUGUAGUGUGCGAUAUUGACGUCGGAGGAGCGAGGCUUAUCGCCCUGAAGUGUCGUAAGUUGCGAAUCCAGUUCAGGGAGAAGCUGGCAGCCUUGAUCAAGGGUCUUGACACGAAGUGA